AGACACAUUACUGAAGUGUUUUCAAGAACUUGGUGUUCCAUCAUCCACUGCUUAUGAAUUAAAACCAAUAGAAUUUCAUCCUUCAAGUAUCUCUAGUGGACCAAACAACAUACAAACCUUCCAAAGCAAUGACAAUGAUGCAUCGUCUUCAUAUGUUGACAAAAACAUGAAAGAGGACAGCAAUACCCCAAAACCUGGACAAAAUAUGCAAACUCUAGAAACUACAGAUUCACAAGCUGCGUGUCAUGACGAUGUCUCAAAUGUUUCUGAUAUCGACUCAUUAAUACAAAAACUGUUCACUCUUCUGCCUUCAAACAAAACCAGUGACAAUGUUACAGAAAUUAUUCAGGAAAUCCCUCAUAAAAACAAUGAUAAACCAACUCAUACCAUAAAUGAUAAUACUACCAUUUCAGAUAAAAUUAAGCUUCAAAUGUUAAAACUAAAUAAGAACAGGAGGAUAAGAUUCUUGCGACUGAAACUACAAUGUCAAAACAAUGACAACCUCCAAAAAAAAGACAUCCUAAAAGAGAAGUCUAAGACUAAAAAACGACUGCAUUCAAAGCUCCAAUACCAUGCAAAUCCAAAUGUACGUCAGAGAAAAAAAAAUUAUAUCAAUAAUUUAUAUGCAAGCACUGUUGAGUUUAGACAAAAGCAAAAACAACUUUCAAUGAGACGAUAUCAAAGCAAAGCAGAAGUAAGAGAGAAGCAAAGACAUUACAUUACAGAAAACUAUAAACAUAACCCAAAGUUCAGAACCAAACAGAAAGACUACAUUAAUGAACAUUACAAAAAUGAUGAAGGUUUUAGCCAAAAGCAAAAGAAAUUCAUAACCUCACGUUAUAAAAACAGCCUUGACUUCCGAAACAAACAAAAACUAUAUAUUACUGAACGUUAUAAUUCAAAUCCUAUGUUUAGACAGAAGCAGAAAAGUAUGUUAAAGCAACAUUAUGAUUCAUCUCCUGAAGUUCAGCAGAAGAAAAAACAGAAAAUUAUUGAUCGUUAUCGAACCAGU